AUGGUUUACGGAGAAUUGAUGGAGAAAGCAGAUUCUUUAGGAGAACUAAUCCAAAAAUUAGAAGGUCAAGUAGCUGAGAUUGCAACUGCCAUAAAGAGAGACGCUGGAUGUCUUCUCGGAAGAACUGAUCUAAACCCAAGACGUCAACCUUACGACGCCGACAAGACCGGGAAAAGCAACUCUCAUCCUAUUCUUCUUAACGAUCUUGACCAAAAUCCAUCUCAAGAGAACCGGAAAACCACUGCUGAAAAGACUAAGGAAAAGGCAAUAGACUUAGAACUAGAAGAAGAUACAGAGAUUGAGGAUGAAAUCGAUCGACAGUACGAAACUGACGUCGAUCGACCCAAAACACCUAUCAUCGAUCGACAACCUGAAAAACCCGUCGAUCGAUGGUCUACUCAACCCGAGCCCAUAAUUGAAAGAGUCUAUAGAACUUUACCCCCUUUUCCUCCUAAAACGCAAACUAAGAAAUCAUUAGAAAGCACAAUCUGCAAGAAAGCCUUAGAUAAGAUUACUGUCGAGAUGUCCCUUAGUGAUGCUAUAAAAAUAGCACCUUCAAUUAAGAAGUACAUAAAGGAUAUGACAUCUCCAAACUAUCCAAUCGCAGAACAUAGCGUGAUGAUGAUUUCAGAAGAAGUAAGUGCUAUGAUUAAAGGAGAAACUCCAACGAAGAGAUCAGAUCCUGGUAGUUUCGUCCUAGAUUGUAAAAUAGAAAACACGCGCUUCCCUAGAUCAUUAUGUGACCUCGGCUCUAGCGUGAACCUUAUGCCUUACUCUGUUGCAGUGACGUUAGAUCUAUUAGGGUACCCGAAGGAAUUCUCGAAGAUGUUCCCAUAA